AUUUUGUUUAAUUGUUUGAUUCCCUUAUAAAUAGAUCUGUUGAUUUACAAAUUAUUUUUAAAGCAAACAAACCCUUUACAUUUAAAUCAUUUUGUUUAAUAUAUUCAGGCACCCAUCUCAUAGAAUCUGCUGAAAUUCCAUGAGCCAACUGCAUAAAAACCAGACAUGUUCAACAAGAAUCCAUUUUUGAAGAUUCAGAAAAUCCAAUCUGAAUUAAUCUAAAAAAUGAAAUCAAUGGAACUUGGCAGACACUCAACAUGAAAGCCUUCAUUUCAGAUUCUAUAGUGGCAUUGGUUAAGGAGAGACAAACACCGGCUGUAAAAGCUUACCCAAAAAUCUCACAGCACUGUACAGAUGCAACUUGAAAAAAAAUCCAACACUCUUCCAUUUUUCUUCUUUUCAACAGCCAUAGCAUUUCUCAAAUUGAAUGCAAAAUGAGAAAAUGGAAAUGGCUGAGGAGUUUAAUUUCAGACACGGAGGAAUUUGUCUUGGCAAAUUGAAAUUAGCACUUGGAGUCAUGUAUAAGGUCUGAUAUGUAGACAUAAAUUAAUGGCUGCAAUGCCCGAUUUGAGGAUGAAGAGGGCGAUAGUAUCUGGUUUCAACCGUGGUAGAAGUAGAAUUAGAAUGAAUAACAGUACACACUCUCUCAUCACUCACGGGAGCUUUUCAUUUGGUACAGGAACUUUUCCUCAAAAUAAACUUAUUGACAUGUAUGUCAAGUGCGGUAGUUUAGUUAAUGCUCGUAAAGUGUUUGACGAAAUGACACAACGAGAUGGCUUCUCAUGGAAUAUUUUGAUUUUAGCUUACAGAAGACAUGGAUAUCCUCACGAGGCACUUAUACUGUUCCACGACAUGCAACAAACAAGUGUCCAGCCUAAUCAAUUCACCUUUGCCAGCAUUCUUCCAGCUUGUGCCAAAAUCGGGGACUUGAAACAGGGUAUGGUUGUCCAUCAAAGCAUAAUGGAGAACGGUUUUAUGUCAGAUGUUUUAGCUGUGAGUGCUCUGAUAGACAUGUAUUCAAAAUGUGGAAGUAUACGUAAGGCACGGGAACUGUUUGACAAGAUGCCUCAAAGAAAUGUUGUCUCAUGGAAUUCCAUGAUUGCAGGAUAUGCACAAUAUGGAAUUCUCGAUGAGGCUUCAAGGCUUUUCAAAGAAAUGCCUAGACAAGAUGUGGUGUCAUGGAAUGCAUUGAUUACAGGAUAUGCUCAAAAUGGAGUUUUUGACGAGGCUGCUAGGCUAUUCAAUGAAAUGCCUCAAAGAAAUGUGGUCUCAUGGAAUGCGAUGAUUGCAGGAUAUGCACAAAAUGGAUUUGUUGAAAAGGCCUUUGAGACUUUUAAGCAAAUGCAAUUGGCGGGUUUACAUCCAAACUCCACAACAUUUGCCAGUGUCCUCCCAGCCUGUGCCAAAAUACGAGCUUUGGAUCAGGGUAUGACCAUCCAUCGAAACAUUACUGAAAGUGGUUUCUUGUCAGAUGUUGUAGUUGUGAGUGCCCUGGUAGACAUGUAUUCAAAAUGUGGAAGUAUAUGGAGUGCACGUGAACUUUUUGACAAAAUGCCUCAAAGAAAUGUCAUCUCGUGGAAUGCAAUGAUAGCGGGAUAUGCACAAAAUGGUCUGCUUGAUGAGGCUUCGACACUUUUCGAAGAAAUGUCUCAAAGAAAUGUGGUUUCAUGGAAUGCGAUGAUUGCAGGAUAUGCACAAAAUGGUGUUCUUGACAAGAGUUUAAGGCUUUUUAAAGAAAUGCCUCAACGGAAUUUGGUGUCAUGGAAUACCAUGAUUGCAGGAUAUGCACAGCAUGGUGCUCUUGGCGAGGCUUUAAGUUUUUUCAUAGAAAUGCCUACGAGAAAUGUGGUCUCGUGGACUACAAUUAUUGCAGGAUAUGCACAUAAUGGGUUUGUUGAAAAGGCUUUGGAGACUUUCAAAAAAAUGCAUGUAGCAGGUGUAAAGCCAAAUACCACAACGUUGACCAGCAUCCUCCCAGCCUGUGCCAAAAUGGGAGCUUUGGAACAUGGUAUGGACAUCCAUCGCAGAGUAAUUGAAUGUGGAUUUUCUUCGGAUAUGAUAAUUUCCAGUGCCCUAGUAGACAUGUAUGCAAAAUGUGGAAGGAUACACAAGGCACGAGAACUGUUUGACAAAAUGCCUCAGAGAAAUGUUGUGUCAUGGACUGCAAUGAUUGCAGGCUAUGCCAUGCAUGGCUUUCGUGAGGAUGCUCUUAAACUUUUUGAACUAAUGAAGCCCUCUGGAACACAACCUGACCAUGUAAGCUUAGUUUGUGUUUUAUUUGCAUGCAGCCAUGUAGGUUUAGUAGAUGAGGGUUGUAAAUACUUCAAUGACAUGAUUAAAUCUUAUUGUAUUAUGCCUACUAUGGAUCAUUACAUAUGCAUGGUUGAUCUUCUUGGCCGUGCUGGCUAUCUUGAGGAAACCCUAAACUUUAUAAUCAAAAUGCCAAUUAAACCUGCAGUAACUGUGUGGAUGAGUUUUCUUGGUGCUUGUAGAUCACAUAAGAACAUAGGGCUAGGACUAUUUAUAGCAAACCUGCUUUUUGAACUGGAUCCUAAAAAUACUGCCCCUUUUGUUCUACUGUCAAACAUCUUUGCAGAAAUGGGGAGGUGGGAUGAUGUUCAGAAAGUACGGAGAUUGAUGAAAGAUAGAGGAAUUAAAAAGAUGCCUGGAUGUAGUUGGAUUGAAGUCAAUAAAAUGGUUCAUGCUUUUUGUGUUGGAGACAGAUCACACUCACAAACACAUGAGAUAUAUGCAACAUUGGAGAAAUUGUCUCAGGAGAUGAAGGCAGCAGGGUAUUCUCCAGAUUCAAGACAUGCACUGAAUGAUGUGGUGGAGGAAGAAAAAGAAUUAUUCCUUUGCCACCAUAGUGAGAAGUUGGCUAUUGCAUUUGGAUUAUUAAACACAGCCCCUGGAACAACCAUUAGAGUUGUCAAGAACCUCAGAGUAUGCAUUGAAUGCCACACUGCAACUAAGUUCAUCUCCAAGAUUGUUGAAAGAAAAAUUGUUGUGAGAGAUUCAAACCGGUUCCAUCAUUUUACACAGGGAGAAUGUUCUUGUGGAGAUUAUUGGUGAUGCAAAGUGAAGGACAUUGUAAACAUAGGAUUGUUGCAAAACAAAGGUGUAUCAUAUCAGACUUUCAGUGCUAAGGAGUCUGAUUCUACUUUCAGCUUUUAAUUUAUGAGCCCUGUGUAUUAUGGGUGAUUAUUUCUAUACUGAUGGGGUAUUGUCAAAGCCCUGUUAUUGCAUAUGACAUUAAGAAACUUUGCAUAAUAAAGUUCACAAGUUUAUAUUAGUGAAGGCCUUGCUUAGCCACAAAGACUUGUGAG